UUAAAACAAUCUGAAAAAGGCCCAACUGAACGGAAUUUUAAACGGUUGACAUUAUAUCGCUUUCCUCUUUCAUUUCUCUCUCCCUUCGACCUUGAAAUUUUCCCAAAAAAAUCUCUUUGUUGGGGAUUCUAUGCCCUUGCUCGGAAGGACUAAAAGUAUGGGAGAAGAUUUGCUUACAAGCUUGUGUAUGGAAAGCCACCACCCUUCAACAGUUCUAUCAAUGGAUUCAAGUUCAAUAUCUCAUGUGGAACUUGACCGAGAUAUGAACCGAUCGAUGGCUCUUUCUAAAGCACCCGAUAUUAAUCUUAUUCCUCUGUCCUGUAGUCCGCCAAAAUCGUGGAAUUCAGAUCCAUUAGAUAUGUUGGAUGUAGGUCUUGGAACUCAUGUCAAUGAGGUUGAUACUCUAGUUACGGUGUCGAAAACCGGGCAGCGUAAGUGUGCCAAGAGAUUGGAUGGUGUUUGGGGUGCUUGGUUUUUCUUUAAUUAUUACUUUAAGCCUGUUUUUAAUGAGAAAUCAAAAGUGAAGGUGGAUAGGGAUGCAAAUGGAGUGUCGGGUCUUGAGUUUGAUAAGUUGGAUCUUGAGCUAGAGGUUUUUUUGGUUCAGCACGAUAUGGAAAAUAUGUAUAUGUGGGUUUUUAAAGAGAGGCCUGAGAAUGCAUUGGGUAAGAUGCAGUUGAGGAGUUACAUGAACGGACAUUCACGUCAAGGGGAGCGGCCUUUUCCGUUUAGUGCUGACAAGGGAUUCAUUCGAUCACAUAGGAUGCAGCGCAAGCAGUAUCGUGGUCUUGCUAAUCCUCAAUGCGUGCAUGGGAUUGAGGUUGUUCCAUCCCCCAAUCUCACAGGUCUCGAUGAAGAGGAGCAGAAGAGGUGGAUGGAACUUACAGGAAGGGACCUGAAUUUUGCGCUCCCACCUGAAGCAAGUGAAUUUUGUACCUGGAGGAACCUUGCUAACACUGAAUUUGAGAUCGAUAGACCCCUUCCUUCUAUAAAAACUAUCGUGCAGGCUCAACAAAAAAAGCUUCUUAACGGAUCAGGUUUAGAUUUGUCGAUUAGGCAUUCAAACCAUGCAAAUGGUGGUGUUACGGAUCUAUCCACUGUUGGCAGCAAGAGGAGGAAGGAUUUCUUUGUAACUGGCAAUGAAGACUGUCAUUUGCUCAUUAAUCAGCAUAAUGACAGCGUAAAUGAGUCAGAAAUGCACCUGAAUGAACCACAUUGGUUGAAUGAGUUUAGUGGAGUGAUGAGAAAUGUUUAUGGACCUGUUACAGCUGCCAAAACAAUAUACGAGGAUGAACAAGGAUACCUAAUUGUUUUAAGUUUGCCUUUUGCUGAUCUUAAGAGAGUGAAAGUUACUUGGUGGAAUAACCCAACUCAUGGUGUCGUAAAGGUAUCAUCUAUAAGCACAGCUUGCGUGCCAGUUAUUAAGAGAAAUGAUCGGACAUUCAAGCUUACAGAUCCGUUUCCGGAGCAUUGUCCACCAGGAGAGUUCAUAAGGGAAAUACCUCUACCAACUAGGAUUCCGGAUGAUGCUAAGCUAGAAGCAUAUGGUGAUGAAACAGGAAUUGGUCUUGAAAUCAUAGUGCCGAAGCACCGAACAGGUCCAGAAGAACAUGAGGUUCGCGUCUGCCUCCGUCCCAACCUUGGACCGAAUGAGCUUUUACUGUCAUAACUUCCUAUAUAAGCUUUCCACUGAAGAAAUACAAAGAUAGGUUCUUUUUGUGGUAAAAGAUUCCAUUAUUUUGUACUAAAAAGAAAAAAGAUUGUAAUGAAAAAUAAGUUUACAUC